GGGUUGGUGAAAGUGAAAGUUGUUACAUUCCUCGAGAUUCAUUUUGAGUUUGUGUUCACGAAGACACCCCUGGGAUAUUGUCUUGGAUAUUAUACGAUAGAUCAUAAGGUGCACCAGGAUGAAGUAUUAUGCGAAGUUAAGUCGUCUACUCAUUGAUCAUGGGGCAAAGGCAUUGAGAAAUUACUUCAAAACUCACAUCCUUGACCCUGCUGGAAAGACUUUAGGAGAGCUGUUUGCCGCCAAUAGAACACUGCUGGAUGAUCUUUACCGUGGUUUACAUGGACACCGGAAGCUUCUAUACGAAAGUCAGUAUAAGAAGAUAUUCCCUCCAAGCAACCAAGAUCCAGAGUUAAAGGAGUUUGAUAUCACACUUCUGUUCCUUCUUACACGUCAACUGCAUCCGCAAGGUCCAAGCAUCCCUCCUCCAAAAAACAAUGUCUGGAAUGACCCAAACGAUCAAUGGCAUUCACAACAUAAUGUUCCAACAAAAACUCAGGCAAUAAUUCUGAUAAAGUAUGAGCGCAAUAAGCUUGCUCACAGGACAACUACAGACAUGGAAGAAACUGACUUUGAAUGUUUGUGGAAUAGACUAUCUAGUGCCAUAGUGGAAGUAGGAGGGAUGUCUCAAGAAGAAGUCACAGAAUUACAUGAUAAAGCUAUUGAACCAGAGAGAGAGGCAAUUUAUUGUAUGUCUUUCCUGAAGGAGUAUCUAGAGGAGAUAGAUAUGAUGGAUAUGAUGGAAAGGGAAUUUGCUGAUCUGAAAGAAAGCAUAACAAAGGUAGUAGAAAUUCUGGAUAACAGGAUCUCAGACCUUAAGUCAACUUUGUCUUUGGAACAAAAGGAGUUUAUGGAAAAAGUGAUGCAGUCAUUAAACCAGUAUUUUGAGAAUGUUCCUUCAAGCUGUGAAACACAACCCAGUGAUGCAUCUUCUGUUGCAAAAAGCUCAGAGAAUACUGGUGUAGAUUGUCAAUGCAAGUGGGCUGAAGUGCUUAGCAGUUACUAUAUUCAGCAUUGUUGCAGUUUGAAGUGGCCAACCAUCCUGAAGCUUGAUAUCCAUGAAAUUUUUACUGAGAUUGACAUGUCAGAUAAGCAUAGGGAUCACAUGACCCACUGCCAGAUAUUUGACCAGGUAAUUGAGUUGCAAGCUCCUCCAAGAAGAAUUUUGAUAGAAGGUCAGAGCGGUAGUGGAAAGACUGUACUUGCCUCCAAGAUUGCCUUGGACUGGGCUUACCACAUGAGAGCCCAGAAGUAUAUUUACUAUCACAGUGAUGACAGUAGGGAGACCAGGAAUUAUGUGAAGAAAUUUCAGUAUGUUUUUUUAUUGCAGAACGUAGAUGUAGAGAAGUCAAUAGAGGAACAUAUCUUUGAGUUAAACCAUUUAUUCUCAAAACCCAUUGAAAAGCGAGAAAUUCAGUCCAUUAUGUGUAUGAUAGAAAGAUUCCAGGAAGAUGUCCUUUUUAUUGUUGAUGUUGAUGAAAAUUUGUUGCAUAAACAUAGUGGUGGUGAAAUUUUAGAAUUGAUCAGAGGUGAGCGAUACUGUAGAUCUACAGUUGUUGUUACAUCUAGACCCCUGCAGUAUAGGCAACUGCGUGACUUUCGUGACUUUCAUGUUUGUUACAACAAUGGCUUUGACCCUGUCAAAGGCAAAUCAGUACAGUUUGUGAAAAACUAUGCUCAAAGUACCAAAGUUACUGAAGAUGUUUUUGAUGACUUGAUUGAGAAAAUACAGAAAAACACUGUUGUGGCAGACUUAGCAAAAUGUCCUUUGUUUUGUCUAUUGCUUUGCAUGUCUUACCAUAGUGCUCAUCAGAAAGUGACUGGAGAAAUGGGCAGGAAAGAAAGAAGAUUACUACAGGUAGUACCUCAGGUUCAAGGUUUGGCAAAUUUGUUCAGUAAUCUUGUAGAUGAUAUGAUGGUUAGGGUUUUGGAUCAAAGAGACCAAAUUGCCCCUACAUUGAAAAUAUUGUGCAAGUAUUCUUGGGAUGCACUAAUGAAAGGUACAGAAUAUUUAGCUGAGGAUGAGGAUAGUAUGUUAGAUUUGGUAUUAAGAAAGGGUCUUUUGCAGAAAUGUGACAUUGGCACAGUUCGAGAACAGGUGUUAUGUAUUAUGUUUCCUCACCAAAGCAUAAAGCUUUUUCUUGCAGCCAAAUACAUGACUGAUAUUGCCUAUGAGGAGUGUUUUUCAGAUUUUCCAGAUCUGCUUACAAAGAGAAUGUCUGUUGAAUUAGAGCAGGAAAAACUAGUAUCUAUCUCAUUUGGGCAGUUAGAUAUUUUUUUGAUUGCAUUGUCUGGACUUUUGGCCAUGGAAAGGGAUUUCAUUAGACUGGAGCAAUUUUUUAGCUGUGUCCAGAAAUCAAUCAUUGAUACUUUGCCUCUGGGUUCAGACAAAAAACAUCCUUCUGGGAUAUCAUCUUGGAGUUUAAAAGAUCCUUCCAUUGUGCUAAUUCUUCAGUGUUUAUAUGAAGCCUGUGUGUCCACGGUGAGUGAUACUGGAGAAGAACCAGAAAGAAUGUCAGAGAUUAUGAAAGUUAUGACUAAACAUAUGAGUAAAGUUAUUUCAGAUUCCUCGGGCCCACAGACAUCAAGGACCCCACAAUCUUGUUUUUGGGUUCUUGCAAGGCUGUUAAAGUAUAAACCUAAGAAACUAAUACAGAUUGACAUUGCCCCAAGCAUGAUUGAGUCAGUGCAAGUGAAAAGUGACCUUGCUGAAGGUAUCGGCAAAUGCAAAGAUUUGUUUGUAUUACUUAGAUGGGAAACGGUUGAAGAUCUGCAGUUGUUCCUGAGUCAUAUCUGCAAAGAAAAAAGUGCUAUUACAUACCUUUCAUGCUGUUAUGAAGGACAUAACCAUAUUGAAACAAGCUUUAAUGUCGAGUCAUUUAAGAAAAUGAAUCUGCCCAGUCAGUUUUCAUUCUUGUAUUGCCACAAUACACAAUUAAGUGACACCAUACUAUUGGAAUGCAGUUCACUCAAAGAUUCCUGGAUUGUUAUGCAAGAAUGCAGCAUCAGCAAAGAAGCUCUUUUGCAGCUUAUACGAUCCCAAUUAACAUCAUCAUUGUCAUCAGCAUUUCUUUUUUCCUCGUGUACUUUGAAAGGUGAAACGGGGGAAAAACAGACAUUUAAUGGGGAGGUAUAUCCUGAAGAAACACGUUUUUCUUUAAAAUCAGCAUAAUUUUAUAGAAUUCAAGUAGGGUGGGAAACCAUAAGAAUGAUUUUUUUUUGGCACAGACUGUAUGUUAUGAGGAAAAUGUAUAGUAAUGAUGAAGCCAUGUUUACAUGGAUUUUUCUUGUCCGUGGGUUUUGAACAGGUUAGUUUUGGAAGGAGGUUGAGAACCAUAUAUUUUCGAAACUUUUUUUUUACUUGUACAGCAUCAGUUUGUGUGUGUGUAUGUGUGUGUAAUAAAUAUUGUAUAUGUGUGUAUUAUAGAAAUUGAUACAGAUUGGAAUCAUAAACACACAGCACAGUUUGUUUAUUAUUGAUUCCUUGAUCUCAGUGUAAUUGCACAGUGAAUAAUGGCCUUUGAUCAUUCUUUGUGUGUGUGAAAGAGUAAAUGAAAGAACAGGUAGUGUUCAUAUCGGCAAACACUAGGCAUAUAACAUUAUUUAAAUGAAUACUGAUGUAUCAGGUAACAAUGCCAAUGCAUGGUUAGUAGACAAACUUUUAACUUGUACAUCAGCCACUGAACUCUCUCAUUUAUUUUAGGAGAGUUUAAUUUAUUCAUAUUAAUGAACAUGUACAUGUAUUUGUAUAUGAUGUCAUAUUUAUUCAUGGAUGGACAGCAAUUCGCCUGUAAAGGAUCAAAACAGGUUUUCUAUGUGAAUGAUAAUCUGCUAAUGACUUCCCGACCCAAUAUGUUUUCUUGUAUGUGGAAGCAGCUUGGAUUUACAGGAUUUCUUUCAUAGAGCUUAAUGCAUGUAAUUGCUUUUUUUUUUAGAGAUUUUUAUUGAAAUUAUACAAAUGUGAUAUGAUACAUUAGAAAGAAUAUAUUUCUUUAUGUGUAAAUAUGCCAUGUACUUAAGAUCAAUAUCAGAAAAUUAAUGUAUUUAUUGAAGGAUAAUAAACACAAGUAAUGGUAUUUCUAGUUCCUCUGUAUAGUUAGUGUACAUAUGUAUAUAUUGUAUCAAUAGUAAUGGGUUCUAAGUGGAAAAUCUGUCAGUGAAAAGGAAGUUUUUUUUAAUUUGGUUAUGGGCUCUGUGAUAUACUGUACUAAGUAUAUUUAUUACUCGUGUACCAAACAACAAGUGGAUCUUAAUUGGGAUGUAUUGAACAAUAUUUAUUCUGUAUAUCACUGUUCAGUACUCAGUUUAUUAACAAGUGAUGGCUUAAUUGCUUUAAAUGUGAUCUUAUUUUUUAUAAUUGAUAUUGUGUUAACUAUGCAAGUCAUAGCUUAUAGCUAUGGAGGGGUGAUAUUAAUUUUAAAUGUAGCUUUAAAAGCAUAUACUCCUAUUUAUGUCAUAUGAGCAUCAAAUAUCAAAUAUUGUCUUAAAGACUUUGUAAAUAACAUUAUGAAAAAAAUGUCUGAGAAGUUGUACAUUGUGCACUGCAGCAUUUUUCAAACUCUGUGCAACUUACAGAUCACAGAAAAUGACAACUUUUUUAGUUAUAGUGAUCAAUCCAGGCACUAAGGAGCAUGGAUUUAAAUUUCAGUUCUAUCAUAUUGUAUACUUAUGAGCAUUAUAUGUUUGGAAAUUUUAAGUGGGCAUUUUCAAAUUUGUUGAUUUUAUUAGGAAGUAAAAUUAUCUGUGACAUUGAACAUAAUGUGUCAAAAAAAAAAAAAAAAAGGGGGGUGACUAGAUAAAACUUCACAAGAAAAAAAAUCAUACUUACCAGAUUUUCCUGGGCUAAACAGUAUACUCUGUAACAUCUGGGGAAAUUAAGAAGUCCUGAAAUCAACUCUUAUGAAAUGGGUUCCAUUUCUUUACAUCUUUGAUCAUGGACUUCCAAUUUGCAUACAAACCAAAUGUGUCAAGAAGGUGGACAAAUUAAUAGGUUCAUCAGUCUAGACUAAGAUUAUUUGUAGUGACAUUACUUCUUGGCAUUUAUCUGUUUGAAAAUUUGAAAAGUACCAGUAUUGUCUUUAGAUGAAACCAGCAGGUGUUUAAGUUGGGCACUAUCCAGGGGCGUAACCAGACCUUUUAAAAUAGUACGCACAGAUUUUGAAAAUUCCCAGGUACAAUUAUAUUCCGUGAA